AUGGACAUUGGCCGAGAAGAAGAUCAAUGGGACUCUUUGAUUGCCCAGGACUUGGGAUUAGAGGCAGAAAAUACGUCUAUAUCAUGGUCAGAAGCUCCUGCAGAUGCGUUGCAGGAAGUCAAGAGGGCUCGUGCACGGGAAAUCGAGAAGAGAAUGACCAACGCCAGCGCAAGGAUAUGCUACAUAAGAAGAGGAAGGAAAGGCGGCUUCUUAGGCAAGGUCGAGAUCCUUCGUUGGCGUGGAAGGCUCCGGUAUCUCCAGAACCGACGACUCGUUAAACUAUUAUUCAGAGAGGUUCUCUUCGAGUUCGAAAACGCCGAGGAGGCAGAAAUCUCAUUUCCGCUCCUUCCACCGCCAGUCGAUGUCGAUGUACCUGCUCGGUUCGAGCAAUUGAAAAGUCGAGACAGAACCGUUGACGAGGACGCGGUAACUUCUACGCCGGCGAAGGAUCUUCAUCCUGCUCAGAGAGAGUCCACUGAGUCACUGUUUCGUGACAGUAGUGACGACAGACGUGAUCGGCAGUUCCUGCACUUCGCAGCACAAAUCAACGAGUUCAAAGAAACAGCCCUGCCAUAUCUCACACACGAAGGAUCGAUGGGACCGGAAGCGUUCAUUCCGAAUGAAGCACAUGUGGCUCGAAAAUUGAUCCGCAAGGCCUCUUACACGCCCAGAAUACCGAGAAUCCAAACGGAAUCAUCAGAAGAAGAAGCCUUUCGCGCCUCUGGAUCUCCGCAUCUCACUCAAUGGCGACGAAUUUCUCUGAACCUCCCACGGCAUAAUAACAAGUCCGCAAAACGCAGACUACGGAGACAUAGGAAUGCCAAGAUAUGGGCUGCGCGCUGGGCGAAUUAUGCGGAUCGUUUUAAGAACACCCAAUUGAUAGAGCACAGGCCUAUGGAUUUCAUUGUGGCCCUCGCAGAAGCCACGCUGACUCCAGCGUUGAGUAAACGGAAAAUGCAAGAGCGACUGUGGAACUUGGGAGCUGAGACGCGGAAAUUCAAAGAAGAGGCCGAGCUCGCAAGAUCUGAAAGGGAAGCGAUAGACAAGGCUCACGAAGAGGGUGUGAGUACAGUUCGCCGAUUGAUAGGUGGAGCCAAAGGUUCAAGCUCGAAGUAG